AUGUCAAUGAAGAACAUAUCUCGAGCAGCCUCAACGCUAACCAAAGAGGCUGGCGACAUUAGCAGCGUGUUCCCAUCCCUAUCAGGAAGGAAGGCUCCACCACUUCCACCUAGAUACAGUCAGCUCAAGAAGACCCUUAUCCAAGGCAACGAGGAGGCAGUGACAGCAUCGUGGCAUCGUCUCCUGUCGAGCCUGAGGGGUGAAAUCGCUGAAGUGAGACGGAAAGGCAACAAAGUCGUGGCUGAGGUUGAAUAUUCCGACAUUCAAAAUGGAUCUGUACCUCAAUCUUUCCUGGACUCGAUCAGACAUAGAGAUGUGGGUAUCGUACGAGGUGUAUUGCCACGGUCGUAUGCCUUGGAGCUGAAGCAGAAGGCAAUUGAAUACAUCGACGCCAACAAAUCUCGAGUCAAAGCAUUUCCACCAGAUAGUCCUGCAGUUUAUGAGCUAUACUGGUCACCAUCACAGACAUUAGCACGAGGACAUCCAAACAUGUUACGAACGCAAUCAUUCCUCACGACGUUGUGGCACAGCUCUGAUCCGAAGUCAGAGAUUUCAACGACUUAUCCUUUGUCCUAUGCAGAUCGACUGCGGAUCCGACAGCCAGGCGAUGCGAAGUUCGCACUCGGACCACACACAGAUGGAGGGAGUGUUGAGCGAUGGGAAGACCCGACAUAUUCUAAGGUUUACCAGAAGAUUCUCGAUGGCCAGUGGGAGAAAUACGAUCCAUAUGACGCUCGGUAUCGACUCGACGCCAACAUGGAUAUGUACAAUGGUGGUGGAGCUUGCUCAAUGUUUCGGCUCUUCCAAGGCUGGUUGGCGAUGAGCUCAACUGGACCUGGUGAAGGUACUCUGAAAGUAUGUCCUCUGCUGCGCCAUGCAUCAGCUUAUCAUAUUCUGCGACCAUUCUUCAACCCUGAAACAAAUGAGCUUAACCUCGACUCAUCGGAAUUUCCUGGCUCCGUACAAGCUGCAGCACAGGAGUACAACACAGAAACACAUCCACAGCUUGAGCUGCAAGAUACAAUGCUUUCGAUCCCAAAGGUUGAGCCUGGUGAUUAUGUUGCAUGGCACUGUGACACUAUUCAUGCAGUCGAUGCCGAGCACAAAGGCAAGGGCGACAGUUCUGUGCUGUAUAUACCAGCAUGUGCCUUGACGAGGUCGAACCUGAAUGCCUUGAAGAGGCAAAGAGAAUCUGCUAGCGUUCUUUCUCCACCACCAGACUUUCCAGGUGCUGGUAGUGAGGGCGAGAAGAACUAUGCAGGGAAGGUUGACUGGUCAAGCAACUUCAUCGAGCCAGCGGCGAAGAGAGCGAUGGGAUUCCCUGGCCAGUCCUUUCAGAUUCUGCCUAAUAUGAGUGAGGGUGAGCAGGAUGUGAUCCGUGAAGGGAACCGCGUUUUGUUUGGCCUAUAG